AUGAAGGAGACAAGCGCCACCAGGAAUGAGGGCGGCCCCGCCGUGUGCAAGGCUGUGGCGGGCGGGGGUGGCGAUGUGGACGGGAAGGGCAGCGCCUCCGCGCGCCGCCGCCGCCGCCUCGAGCUCUGCCGGCUCGGGCGGGCCGCGGAGGGGUCACCCGUGCCGGCGAAGAGGAUCCGGUCUGGUUCGGACAGAUCGUUGUCCGCCGACUCGUCGCUGGAGACGACGGCGGCGGGGUGCUGGCCGUCGCGCCUGUCGCACGGCGCCGUGUCGGUGAUCGGUCGGCGGAGGGAGAUGGAGGACGCGUUCGCCGUCGCUCUCUCGUUCCUGGCCUCGGACCCGUCGUCGGCGGGCGCCAAGGACGGCUCCGAGGGAGAGCAGGAGCAGGAGCAGGACUUCUUCGCGGUGUACGACGGCCACGGCGGCGCGCGGGUGGCGGAGGCGUGCCGGGAGCGGAUGCACGUGGUGCUGGCGGAGGAGGUCGGCCUGCGCCGCGGCGUCGGCAGCGACCUGCCCUGGGAGGAGGCCAUGGCGGCCAGCUUCGCCCGGGUGGACGGCGAGGUCACCGGCGGCUUCGCGCCCCCGCCCAAGCCGCCGCCGCAGCCGGCCGCCGCGGACGACGACGCCGGCGCAGGCAACCUGCCCUACCGCACCGUCGGAUCCACCGCCGUGGUCGCCGUCGUGGGCCAGCGCCGCAUCGUCGUCGCCAACUGCGGCGACUCACGCGCCGUCCUCUCCCGCGGCGGCGUCGCCGUGCCGCUCUCCACCGAUCACAAGCCGGAUCGUCCGGACGAGAUGCAGAGGGUGGAAGCAGCUGGCGGCAGAGUCAUCGACUGGAACGGCUAUCGCGUCCUAGGAGUCCUGGCAACUUCUAGGUCCAUUGGCGACUACUACCUGAAGCCUUACGUGAGCGCGGAGCCCGAGGUGACGGUGGUGGACCGGACGGAGCAGGACGAGUUCCUCAUACUGGCAAGCGACGGGCUGUGGGACGUGGUCUCCAACGAGGUGGCGUGCAAGAUCGCCAGGAACUGCCUCAGCGGGCGGGCGGCCUCCAAGUUCCCCGAGUCCGUCACCGGCCGCACCGCCGCAGACGCUGCCGCACUGCUGACGGAGCUGGCCAUGUCCCGCGGCAGCAGGGACAACAUCAGCGUCGUCGUGGUCGAGCUGCAGCGGCUCAAGACGAACUCAAGAUGGUCUAGUUUGCUGAGACUGAACUAA